UUUUCCACUCUCACUCGCUUUCAUUUUACAGUCUCUCCCCCUCCUUUCUGGUUUUUUUGCAUUUCAGUUCUUGAGGGUUGUUCUUCGCUACCCUGUCCACUAUGAGGGGAGAAGGACAGUGAUGGACAUUACUUACUGAUGUCCGUUUUCAUGUUUUAUUUUAAUUUAUUUUAAGUAUGAGAAUUGAAGAUUUGUUUUGGAUAUAAAUUCUUGUACCUAAAGAGGUAAAGCUUAAAAUAAACAGAAGGAAUAACAUGGGAAAAGUUUCUCCAAAGGAUAAGGGAUCCAUGACUCCCAAGCAGAAGAGGCGAUUGAGGAACUCAUCCAAUAAGUACUUGAAGCCUGGAGCGCUUGCUCAGCUUCGUUACAGCAAAGCAGUAACUGCCAAAUCUUGCACAGAUAUUGGCAAGAAAAGAGUCGUUGUGUUGGAUUCCAAGAAGCCAGAAAGUGAUUUAGCUCUUCAAAACAAGGCUGUUGAUCAAAGCCCUCCAAUGUUGUCACCGGAAAGGAUCAGUUUCCGUGCCAUAGGAGGACCGCUUGAUCUGCUUAAACAGAACAAACUGCCAAUAUCACCCAGGACGCCUCGGACAAAUGAUUGCGAAUCAGAGUCGAGGCUUGAAUCUCUUCCAAUGGAUUUACUGGUUAAAAUCCUCUGCCACUUACACCAUGACCAACUGAGAGCAGUUUUCCAUGUUUCCCAGAGAGUAAGGAAAGCUGUAUUGCUUGCUAGACAAUGUCACUUCAAUUUCACAACUCCUGAUCGGUCUCGACAGGAAAUGUUGAGAACAAAGACUCCUCUCCCAACAGAACACUGGCCUUUUAUAUGCAAGGGAGAUGGAAAAGGUAUUUUUGCUCGGAGUCCUCACACCCCCAAAGCCCCAAGACAGGGUCCCCGACCUCCUUCUCGUCUCAAUGUGGCUGAGAUGCGGCAAAUUGCUGCUGUCCUCUUCCAGGAGUCAACAUUUCCUUCAAGGUGCAUGGUGCCUCCUGGCUUGCCAAAGCCUCUAUGCAAGUCUCAGGCUUCUAACCGGGUCUUGUUCUAUGAAGAUGAGUUAUGCCAUGCUGUUGCUCAGAAUAAACUUCGUUGAUUUCAUAGCUGUUCCCUUAUUACUCCCUUGUUCUUAUAUGUAUAUAGUUCCCUCCCCUCUUUUAGUUGUAGCAAGGAGAAAGAAUGCAGUUUUGUAGCUUGCCAUGGCUUUGUUAGGUGUGAUGGAAAAGCUUGUUUUGUAGUGAAAAUUAAAGGUUUAAUCAUCAGUAAUGCCGUAGUCAUUUGACUAGUAUAUUUUGAACUGGUUAUUGUAUAGUUUCCUUGAUUUGUAUUGGCAAGUUCUAUAUAUUUAAAGUUCAUAGUAA